CGCAUCCACGAUCCUGUGGCUGUGCGAAGCCGCCUCUCCACUCCAGUGCCAGCUCCGGCGGCGACGGGAGUCUUUACCCCGACGUCCGACCGUGUUUGGAAAACCCGAUAUGCUUACACUGAAUGGCGGUCCACAUAAAAAGAUGACUUCUUCUAAACUAACUUCUUCCAUAAAGGAUCUACAGCUGCAUGCAAUUCGUGAUCAUUCGAAUCUGUAGCCUAGGCUAGGAUAGUCGAGUUCAUUCGACCAGGCUCAGUCACGUCAAGGAACAAUUUCAUCAAUUUAAACUCGUACGUAGUACACUGUACUGUUAAUUUUACAAUUAUACAGCGCGCGCUUGAAUGACGUCAUCUUGCCGGUGCUUCGUUUCUUGUCCGUUUUUGUCAUAAAUUUAGUAUAUCCCUGAUUGAUCAGGGAGUAAUCACUCAGAUGUUCAUGGAUCAGUAAAGUAACAGCUGAAUUCACCUUGCCCCCAUCAAAUUUGAGAGAGAAGAUGUCGGAGGCUUCCACCCCAGACCAUGGCCUACGGUCUCGGCUAUCCUGCUCGUUCCUGGCCCAACUCUGGGGGGACUAUCAGGAAUCGGACCUGGUCAAUCUGGACCAUUCCUAUUCUAAGGCUUGGAACUGCCACCCCAAUGCCAGCCAUGCCAAGCCUGCUCGCAUGCUUUUCGUACCCAAGACUCUUCGACUUCACCCCUCCAAACGCAACAUUGUUGAUGCUGAUGCGGAGAUAGAUGUUGUAUCAGUCGGUCAAACCCACUCCAUGCCAUAUGAUCUUCAGAAAGCACAGUCUGUGAUGAACGAGUGUGAGCGGUAUGUCAACUUUGCAAGAACGGACCCUGACAACGUCCGCAGCGAUGAGGACUGGGAGGAUAAACUAUCCAGAGUUGGCUGGACCGCCCCUCAGAGUAAGCUCUUCAACAAGAUUCUUAAACAUCUCCAAGCCAAUCGACUAGCAAGACUGGCUUAUGACAAGGUGCUGAAUGAACCAGUGAAAAGGAGGAUACACGUUGACAAGUGUGCUAAGUUGGUCCGAAGGACGCUAGCUGCAGUCGGAUGGGAUCCUAAGCUAACCCAGUGGCUUCAUGGAGUCUUGGUUGAUAAUCUUGGUUCCUCUCUGUUGGCCAUCUAUUUGGACGUCCUUCAAAACUUGAAGUCUAAGGUUCCUUCUCUGAUAGAGAAAAUGGUGCACCCCACUUCAACUUCGCGGAAGAUCAACACGACAAGCUCAGAAGCUCUUUCUCUGCUCCUCAAAAGACCAUGGGACCCAGCUGUUGGUCUGCUCAGCUUUCAUAAACCAAAAAAGCUUCCAGGAUCUCCCAUCCUCCUGAUCGCCCCUGAUGGCCCCUUCCAGCCUUCCAUGCCGCACUCACGUCGGACCAGGUACUGGAACUCUCAGCUGGGCAACCUGGGGAAGGUGGUCCCUGUCACGGUACAUGCCCCAGAGGGCGGCGCAGGUAUCACCGUCGGACAGUACUUAGAACACAUGAUAGCCUCGGUCAGGACUAAGGUGUCUGAGCUGAAGACCAACUUCCACAACCGACCCAUCGUACUGCUAGGCUGGUCUGUGGGUGCGCUCAUUGCAUGUCAUGUAUCUCUUGUUGAGUCUGUGUCUGCAGUUAUCUGUCUUGGUUUCCCAAUGAGAGGCAUCACUGGGGAUAGAGGGGACUUGGAUGAGCCCCUAUUUGAGAGUAAGACCCCAACAUUCUUCGUCAUCGGCCAAGAGUCCAGUCAAUGCAACCAGGACCGCCUUGAAGACCUGAGAGAACGGAUGAAGGCCGAUACCACCCUGGUGGUAGUGGGUGGGGCAGACGAUCGCCUCCGACUCUCCAAGGCCAAGAAGCUCCAUGAAGGUGUCACCCAGACCAUGGUGGAUAGGUGCAUUCUGGACGAGGUCUCAGAAUUCCUCACCGUGGUACUCUCAUCAUCCUACCAUGGGGCAGGAGACGGGAAUGGAGAGCAUCAUCACCAUCACACCAAGAAGAAAGAGAAAGAGAAGAAGAAGCGGGUCCAGCGAAACCUGUCCACUGAGAUGAGAGGCAAGAAGACGCCCCCGGUGGGAGGAUCUGUCCCAGGUCGACGUUCCAGCGCUCCUUCAAACAUUCUUGAGCAUGGCAUCUCCACCCUACCUUCCACUCCCAAAGCCAGCAAAGCCAGCACCUCUCGAACCCCUACCCCAACACCCAUGCUUCCUACCACCAGCACCACGGCAACAACCACACCCUCCUCACUCCGCCCCAUGAUAGCCCCUCCUCCUCCCCCACCCCUUGCAUCGUCCAAGCCCCUAUCGGCACCUCCAGUGAUGCAGUUCACCUCCUCCGGUCUCAAGCUUCCCGUCUCCUCGCCCAACCCGCCGGCUGCAAAACCCAAGAACUCCUUUGCAGCCGCGCUAUCGUCCGGGAACCAGGCCAAGGAGUUCUCUUCGCAGUACGCAGCCUACCUGGCCAGGGUGGCUAGUCAGAGCAAGGAAGAGAAGAUUGGAAAGACCAAAGGUUCCGUGAGGUUUGGAGCACAGAAGGCAGCAACUACACACGCUGGUGCCGAAGGUAUUGAUGCUACAACCAUUAUUGUGAAACAAGCCCCCAAGAGGUCUGCCACACAGAGCCCGGCUACGGUAAGACGAAAGCAGAUGAAGAUGUCUGAUCUCCCAAUAAUCUCUAGGGGACCAGCAGGCAGCAUUGUCUCAAUGUCGCCAUCUUCCCAUAUCAAAGGCGGGUCUAUUCACAAUCCUCCCCACAUUGGCAGGCCUCCAACCACAUACACACUUGUUUCGCCUGCACCCAGCUCUCCGGGCUCUGCAUCAUCAUCGACCGGACGACCAGUUCCAGGAACAAGGGUGACGAUCGAUUCUGGACAGUCCUUGGCCCACCUGCAGCAAAUGGGCGUCGUUUCUUCGGCUUCAUCUUCAUCUAGUGGUUCUCAAGGAAGUCUGCUACAUGGUUUGAGUUUCAACAUUCAAGGGAGCCAGCUGAAGGAGACAUCGGGUGCCCAGAUGAGAGUUUUGGAAGGCAUGUUUACCAAGCAGAGCUCUAGCCCAACCCUCACCAGUGCUGACAACGGAGCUGGCAAGACUAUUGGACCAAUCAAGCCAUCAGGCUCCAAAGGGACCUUUUCAGAGACAGCAGCAGAACCAGCCUCAUCGUCCUCUGGUAAGACGUCUAGUGUCCACUUCUCAGUUAGUGCCAACUCUGACAUGAAGACAUCUAGCUUGGCCAUGCACCUUCCACACUUGAUCUCUACCGCUCUGAAAGCAGUGCAGUCUGCUCCUGCUAAGUCGACCUGUGUCACUCUUGUGACAACUACAGCUCCUCCAGUCAUGUCCAAGAGUUCUGGAUCCAAGUCCAGUGCUCAGUCUGGUGUCAUCACUGGAAGCAAUUCCUCCAAAGUCACAUCGGAUGUAUCCAUCUUGGGUCUUAUUGGGGCUCAGCAGAUUACCAGUGCUAGCUCUAAAUCUUCAAAGAAAUCUGCAGAUGAGGAAAGAGAUGCACAAGUGCAAGCUAUUCAAAAGUUGCAAUUUCAUGACUUUCCUCUCACCACUGCCUCCUUGACUGUUCCACAUAGUACCCCAAGGUUCACGCAGGCAAAGAUCCUGAAAGACCUAGAAAAGGGCUCUCUUCCCUUAACCAAAUUUGAACCAACUGUCUCUGGAAAAUCUAGUUCAUAUCCUAAGACUAGUUCAAAGUCCAGUUCUCUCUCCAAAGCUAGUUCCCACUCAAAAUCAAUUACACCAGCAAUCAUCACCAACAAACUCCCUGCCAGAGAGUCUUAUAGUAAGUCAGCUACUACAACCAAGAUAGUAACCGUUUCCCUGGCAUCUCCUUCAGUACUGACAACGAGCAUGGCUGAGAGGAGUGGAAGAGAAAAGACCACAGUAGAGGUGGAUUCUUUACCCUUGUCCAAACUGAAGGCCAUGAAUCCGAAGAAAAGCCAUAGCCCUAGUGAGGACAGCACCCCAACUGUUAUUGAUCUUGACACUCUCCCUUUGGCCAAACUCAAGGAGCAUCUUAAGGAGAGUAAGUCAUCCCUGAAGACGCCUACACCAGCAACAACCACUAUCAAGAUCGUCUCCAAGCCCAAAGAUCCAGUCAUUACCACGUCCCAGAAGCCAAAACUGUCCGCCUCGGCUCCGUUCAUUGCCCUGUCCAGCAGCCUCAAGGCUAGUACCGAGAGGGCAGCUAGGGCUCAAAAGACCGCCAUGGUCAGUUCUGUAGCCAAACCGUCCACACCGACACCCACAUCAACGACAUCAGGGGCGACCACCACCACGUCAUCGGUAUCAUUGCUAUCCACUUCAGGGUUGAAUCUUUUGACAUCAACAGCAGCAUCGAGACAGCCCUUGACCAGCGCCCUCACAGUGGAGAAGACAUCCAACAGUUCUGAAACAGGAGGAUCACAUGAAGCCAUAGUGACUGUCCAACCAUCUGGGAAUGGCCGUUCCAGGCGAUCCAGGACCUCCUCAAGAAAUUUAUCAGAAUGAUCGCUGAGACUGCAUUCCCUUUGAUGAUUCAUGGUCGCCUCUUUAACACCACUUCUGCAUGAGAGUGUUAAUGUAUUUGUUUGAAAGCUUGAUUUUCAUCAAACUCAUGCUUUCUUUGCAAAGGAUUCGAUUUAACAUUUUGAAAUACAGGCAAUCGUUGAUAACAUUCAAAGCAUUGCAUUCUCAUGAAAGCCUGCCAUCAUGAGACAGAAUGACAUCAUCAUAAACAUGAUUCCAAACUCUGCUGCAUUCAGUCAAUUUAUUUGGGCAGAAAUACUUUUCAAACAUUCUCUUUGGCAUAUCAUGUUUGUAUUCUCAAUCAGGAUUGUGUGUAUAUGACAAUUUACAUGAAGGCAACCAUGUCAUGUUCCAGGGGAGCGUUUCAUGAAAGGACUUGUCGGACGUUUUAUCCGACAAGUCCUCUUUUAUCCGACAGUUACCAUAGGAACAGUGCCUCUCAGCCAAUCAAAAUCAAGGAAAGAUGUCAGAUCUGACAACUUGUCGGAUGAAAAUAUUGAUGAAACGCUCCCCAGGGCCUGUUGCAUAAAAGUUACUAAUUACUUUGUGAUCUAAUGGGAAUUACCAUGGUUACAGUGCUUAACAGCCAAUCGGAAUCAAGGAUUUCAGUGAAGUCACCAUUUGCUAGCGAAGUUAAUAAUAAUAGUAAUGCAUGUGCAACAUCCCCCAGAGCCAUGUUUCAGCUGGGAAGACCCCCAAUUGAAUAAAAAAUCUAAAACAUCAAAUAUUUUCCAAGUGUGACUUAUGCAUGCAUAAUUGUAGAUUUAGUAUAUAAGAUUUGGAACAAUAUGCCCGAAACACCCUGGGCUGGGGCCAAUGGAAAAGGUUUAUUAUUCUGAAAUCAAAUUGGGAUGAAAGGGUUAAGAGGUUGAAUGUUAUUAAAUUUUUGGUCAUAUAUGAUACUGCAGCUAAGGCACCUUGCCAAAAAGUCAGAGCCAAGUCUUUCUUACUGGAAUCCCUUGAGGUGCAAGCACUUUUUUUAUCACUAAUCCUCACAUUUCAUCAUAGAUGAAACAAUGGUUCCAAGGGAAAGGUGCAGUGAAGACUUCAGGAAUUCUGCAAGAAGGCUGUUUGCGACUGUCCCGCAGCCCCAUUGCGGUGUGUAUGAUGAAAUGCUGAGAUUAGUGAUGAAAAGACGCUUGCGAGAUUCCCAUGGGAAAGAUGUGACUUUGACGUUUGGUAAGGCAACCAAACUAAAGGUAUUGUUGGUUUACAUCCAAUUCGAGCAUGUUUGACAGCAUUUUUAAGAAUGUAGUGGCAGCUAGUUUGGUGGGAUUGGGUAUAGUACUACCUGUCAAAUCCAAGCCAGACCAGGCAUGACCAUUUAUCAAUUUCUACCAUGUUGCAAGGAUAUAACUUUUCAGACUGUCUGAAUUCAGACUUAUUCGGCCAUAGAAAACACUUUUUUCAUAUAGGAGAGGGGUCAAUCUAGAUUAUUUUCAGACUUUUCAAUCAAUUCUAAUUGGCAACCCGCAUGUUAACAUCACUCGAUGUGAGCCUGUGUUAGCCGCAUUUUCCAGAACGAAGUGAAAAGUUGCUUCCUGUGAUGGGGAUAUCCCUCAUGUAAAAAACUGAGUUCAGGUCCAACAUUUAGUAAUGAAGAGUUUCUAGUCGACCACAUUGUUCUCUUUACACAUAGUGUUGUGUGUGGAGAAAUAUUCACAGAACUGUACCUAAUGGCUAUAUGUUAACGUGGUGAAAGUGAGUCAAUUUAGAUUAGAAAUGUCAGGGUGCUACAUAAGCACUUGCCCGAUUGCCCGGGGCAAAUAAAAGUUAAAGUCGGGAAAGUGUUUUGAAGUAAAGACCAAAACUACUUGCCCGAAUUGGGCAAGCAAAAUUCUCACAGUAGAAUUACCAAAAUUAGGGUCGAUUUGAUAUAUUGACCCUAAAUUUGUCGUGGUGGGCAAGAUAAAAUCACUUUGGAAAAAGAAAUGCAAGAACAAGGUACAUCAGUUCAUGUCAAAAGAGAGAGAAAAAAGGUAAACGGUUUAUAAACCGCAAUAUUCUCUUUUGGAGAGGUAAAACUUUGUUUUCAAAGAUUUUUUGGGCAAGUAUAUUCCAACUAUUCAAAAAUUUACUUUCCCAAUAGGGCAAGUUCUUCUAAAAAGUUAUGUAGCACCCUGUAUGUUUAUAUUCCAGUCUCAAACAUUUCAUACAAAAGUUGUGUUGGUUUUAUGUCUCUUUAUUCAGAUAUGAAGAUGUCCACUGGCAAUCAGACAUGCCCCUCCCCCCAAAUAAAUAAAAAGGUCUUAUGUUUGUCCGACAUUUUCCACUAGAAAUACAUGUAUUUUGUUUUAUGGAUAUCAAGGGGAUGGGGGGCACAGGCCAGAUGUGCCCCCCCCCCCCCCCGAUCAGUCUCCGGCUGUCCACAUUUUAUUUCAUCCAGAAUUUUGUGUUUUUCAAUUGUAUGCUUAGAGCAUUGCUCACAUAGUUAAAGAUGCAUAUUAAGCUGCAUUUCUCAGUUGAAUAAUUGCAUAGGUUUUAGCCAUUUUUUAGACACAUUUUGCAAGGCAUGUGUUAUUUACAUCUUCUAAGCCAAAUUUCUCCUACAUCAAAUGGAUGUCUGUGAGAGAUUUACAUCAAAAUGCUUGUAAUUGAAUGGAAAUUUUCUGUGAAUACUUUGUAAUUAUAGUUAAGAGAAUACUGUAUAUAUUGAAAAUUUAUUUCACUUGUUGAAGUCCCUUUUCCUUACAUGCAACAGAAAAAAAGAGUUUUUGGUCAAUAUCAUGUGUUUAUCAUGAAAUUCAUUCACACUCCAGAUAAAAGUCACUUGAACCAUGGACCUUCUCUAGUAGGUCCAUGCUUGAACGCACCACAGCUCUUGAAUGCACAAUGCAACAAAUGAGUGGCCACAAUCACAUCAUAUAAAACAGGACAUAAAUCAAAUCUGCUUUAUGUCCUGUGGAGCUGUGGUUAUUUCUAAAAUUUGAUGCAUAUACAUGUUAUUGUUUGUGAAUACAUUUUCUAUGUAUUAAAAUUGCUUAUUAACAAAUGAA